AUGGCUGAUAAGAGUCAGAUGUGUCUGCUGGGACUCGUUCUCUCUGCACUUCUCACAGGUACCAGUGGAGCGCGUGAUACUCAUGUGUUCUGCAGUUCUGGUGAAAAUGUCAGUCUGCCCUGUAAUAAUGCUCUUUCUGGCUGUACAUCAACUACAUGGAUCCAUAGCAAACAAUCAAGGACAGAUGAACUGAUUCAGAAAGGAAAGAAGAAAGACAUAGAGAGAUCUGAGAGACUGAGUCUGGGCUCUGACUGCUCUCUGAACAUCACUAAAGUCACGAAAGAAGAUCAUGGAUCUUACAUCUGCCAGCAAUUUGUGACUGGAAAACAAGGAAAUGAUGAACAACAAGGAAAUGAUUCACGCGUUUAUCUGCAUUUUCUUCAUGUCACUUCAUCCUCCUCUCAGAUCAGUCAAGGCAGCUCUGUGACUCUCUCCUGUCAGUUGUAUUGUGAUCUAAUCUCUUGUGAUUCUUUGGUCCGUGAUGAAGUUCAGCUGAUCUGGGUGAAUCAGUUUGGUGUGAAUCUACAGACAGACUCCAGAUAUCAGAUCUCAUUCUCCUCAGAACACUGUAACAUCUCUCUGACUACAAAACUCCAGAAUGAAGAUCUCAACAGAGAGUGGAGAUGUGAGGUUACUCAGAGAAAUCAACCGAAGACCUCGGUCACGUAUACUGUCAAGUAUUCAGCUGCAGUCGAUUCAACAAAACCGCUCCCAGUCAAGAAUAAACCAAGACAAACUACACGACCAGCUGCAGUCGAUUCAACAAAACCGAUUCCAGUCAGCAGCUCCGAGAAGAAACCAAGACAAACUAAACCAGCAGCUCAAGAUGCAGCUGAUAGCGCGUGUAAGGCG